AGCGGGGGGGGCCGUAUGAGUGUAUAUGGCCCCGCCCCCCCCCGGCUUCCACCCCCCUUCCCCCCACCCCCCCCACCAGCGCUUCCUGCCCCGGGGCUGCGCCGCACCCAACGCUGCGUUCCGGGUUUUUUUUUAAGGGGGGGGGGGAUCAUAAUUAAUAUUUUUAAUUGGGGGGGGUCCUUAGACGUGGGGGGGGGUCUUUGGGGGGGGGGUCGUGAUGGGGUCGGUGUGGAAGCGGCUGCAGCGUGCGGGGAAACGGGCGGCCAAAGUGCGGUUCGAGGCGGAGUUGGAGGAAGUGCUGCUCGAGGGGGGGGGGCGGUGCCCCACAGCUGGCAGCCCGGAAUCGAGAACCCCUACCGGGGGUUGGUGGUGUGGGUGGUGCCCGAGAGCCUCCAGGUCGUGGUCACGCUAUACCGGGACCCCCAUGCCACCGCCUAUGACCCCAAAGAAUGGACCUUCGUGGUGGAGAACGAGUCCCGGGGCCGUCGCACGGCGGUGGCCGCAGCAGUGCUGGAUUUGGGGCGCUUUGCGGGUCCCACCCCGUCCUGCACUGCGCUGUCGCUGCCCCUCCGGCCCCGGUCCCGCAAGGUGACGGCCGCCUGUCUGCGCCUCCGCCUCAGCGCCACCGUCCUGCACGAGGGGCACCCGGCGGACGAGGACAUGCGCAGCGUGGCCAGCCUGCUCAGCUCGCGCCUGGGGGGGGACGUGGCCGACCUGCGGGACUUCGAGGAGGAGGAGGACGAGGGGGGGGAUGAAGGAUCCGGGGGGGGCACCCCUAAAAAAGGACCCCCACCCUACGGUGGUGCCACAGAGGGAGGGGGACACCCGGCAGCCCCCGCAGGAGAAGCGUUGCCCUCCCCUGGGGGGGGUCGCGCAGCGCUGCUGUCGUGGUGCCAGGAGGUGACAGCCGGGUACCGGGGGGUGCGGAUCACCAACUUCAGCACCUCGUGGCGCAAUGGGUUGGCGUUCUGUGCCAUCCUGCACCACCAUCGGCCCUGUGACGUUGACUACGAGGCUCUGGACCCCCUCGAUAUCCGGGGCAACAACACCCGGGCCUUCGAGGCGUUCUCGGCGCUGGGGGUCCCGCGGCUGCUGGACGCGGCCGAUAUGGAGCGACCCCCAGCGCCGGACCCAUUGGCUGUGCUCACCUACGUGGGGCUGCUGAGGCAGCACAUGGAGGGCAGCGGAACCGCGGGGAACCCAAACAGUGCAGGGAACACACGGGGAGCCAUGGAGAGCCCAAAAACGAUGGAGAACCCAAUGGGAGCCAUGGAGAGCCCAAAAACAAUGGGGAACCCAAUGGGAGCCAUGGAGAACCCAACAACAAUGGGGAACCCAAAAGGAUCCAUGGAGAACCCAGUGCGAAGCUCAGAGAUCCCAAAAAGGAUAGAGAACCCUAUGGGAGCCAUGGAGAACCUAAAAAGGAUGGAGAACCCAAUGGGAGCCAUGCAGAACCCCAAAACGAUGGGGAACCCAAAAGGAUCCAUGGAGAACCCAAUGAGAACCAUAGAAAACCCAAUGGGAGCCAUGGAGAACCCAAAAAGGAUGGAGAACCCAAUGGGAACUGUGGAGAACCCAAAAAAGAUGGAGAACCCAAUGGGAACCUCAGAGAUCCCAAAAAGGAUGGAGAACCCAAUGGGAACCAUGGAGAACCCCAAAACAAUGGGGAACAGAGAAGGAACCAUGGAGAACCCCAAGAGAACCACAAAGGACCCAAUGGGAACCAUGAAGACCCCAAUUAGAACUUCAGAGAUCCCCAAAAUGAUGGGGAUCGCAAAAGGAACCAUGGAGAACCCAAAACUGGUGGGGAACUCAAUGGGAACCAUAGAGAUCCCAAAAGGAAGCAUAGAGAACCCAAAAGGAACCAUGGAGAUCCCAAAAGAAACCUCAGAGAUCCCAAACAGAACCACGGAGGACCCAAUGGGAACCACAGAGACCCCAAAACCCACAGAGGUCCCCAUGGAGACUCCAAACCCCAUAGAGGACCCAGCUGAGACCCCAAACCCAAUAGAGACCCCCAUAGAGGUCCCAGUGGAGACCCCAAAACCCACAACAGAGACCCCAAACCCUAUAGAAAUCACCACAGAGACCACAAACCCCAUAGAUACACCAUCACAGAUCCCAGGCCCCAUAGAGGUCCCAAUGGAGAGCCCAGAUCUCACAACAGAGCCUCCCAAACCCGCAGAAAUCACCACAGAGACCCCAAACCCCACAGAGGUCUCAAUGGAGACCUCAAAAACUAUAGAGACCCUCAUAGAGACCCCAAACCCCACAGAGGUCUCAAUGGAGACUGCAAAAACUGUAGACACCCUCACAGAGACCCCAAAACCCAUAGAAGUCCCAACAGAGACCCCAAACCCCAUAGAGGUCCCAAUGGAGACCCCAAACCUCACAAUAGAGCUCCCAAACCCCAUACAGACACCAACAGAGCCCCCAAACCCCACAGUAGAGACCCCAAACCCCAUAGAGACCCCAAACACCACAGAGAUCCCCACAGAGACCCUAAACCCCACUAUAGAGCCCCCAAACCCCAUAGAGACCCCAACAGAGCCCCCAAACCCCACAGUAGAACCCCCAAACCCCAUAGAGACCCCAACAGAGACCUCAAACCCCACAAUAGAGCCCCCAAACCCCAUAGAGACCCCAAAACAGACCCCAACCUCCCCCCCGGGGCUCCCGGUGCCCCCCCCCAGGUCACACCGCCGCAGUUGGGGGUCCCGUGCCCCCCCCCGCACCCUCAGCCACCUCCGGGACGCCGACCUGAUGAGGAAAAGGAGGGGGGGGCGCGGGGACCCCCCCAGCACCGGGACCCCCAUGGCUGACCCCACCCCCCCGACGGAGCCCGGAGCCACAACGGAGGAGGAGAAACCGCGGCUGCGGGACCCCUCGCAGGUGGUGGCGGCGGAGCUGGCGGAGCUGCAGCGCGAGCAGCGCGAGGUGGACAGCCGGGCAGAGACCUUGGAACGGGAACUGCGGGCACUGAUGGCGUCGGGCGCAGACCCGCAGCGUGAGGAGCUGCUGAUGGAGGAAUGGUUCUCGUUGGUCAACGCCCGCAAUGCGCUGCUGCGCCGCCACGACCGCCUGCAGCUGCUUGAGGAGGAGCAUGACGUGGAGCGGCGCUUUGAGCUGCUGAGCCGGGAGCUGCGGGCAAUGCUGAACACAGAGGACUGGGAGAAGUCGGCGGCACAGCGGCAGCAGGAGGAGCUGUUACUGGAGGAACUGGUGGCACUGGUGAACCGGCGCGACGAACUGCUGCGGCACCUGGAUGAGCGCGAGCAGGCGGCACUGGAGGAGGACGCCCGCCUGGAGAAGGGCCUCAGUCGGCGGCGGCGGAAAUUGGGGCGCAGGGAAAUGUGUGGCAUCGCCUGAGGGGGGGCCCCAAAAACGGGGACCCCCCCCAAUAAUAAAUCAUCGUAAGAGGAA